AUGUUGCUUCGUUAUGCUACGACUGCGCUGUUCAUGGGAAGCUUCCUUGGAGCGUUAUCUACCCCUGUGCCAGACGACGGCGACCCCCUAAAUAUCGAUGCGUGCGGCCUCGCGGGAAUUGACGUGGAUCCAGAUCCACAGGUCACUCUGGAUAACCCCUUCACGCUAGCUGUACAGGCAAACGACUGGACAGGGCCUAUCAAACCUCUACGACCUCCAACUACCGACCCGUCGUCACCUCCUCUGCUUUAUGGGGACUCCAAGGCUAGCCUAAUGCUAGUCAACGGGUCCCUAAUAUCAAUGCCGGUUGAAUCGAACAACCAGAAAUAUUUCGCCAGUUUUCUAGCUUCAUAUGGCAUCGCUUUGCUUUGGUUCCAAUCGACUUACGACAAUGUCCAGAAGCAGAAGGCUGCGCCAUUCGAGGCAAAACCUGAUAUAGCGAAACAAUAUGGUCUUUCGGUGUACGACAAACCGUUGAAAACGUCCGGGAAUCUGGUUGUGAGGCAGCUCAAGAAAGAUGGAACAUCGAAUGGGAGAAAACGCGAUUUGAUCGUUUUAUCACACUACUGCUGGAUCGCUGCGACGCAAAGUCUCGAUUUCGAGAGGCAGUUCAUCAAGCACGAGGUCGAUCCAAAAUCGAGCUCGCAAAUGCUGACUUCUGCAAUAAUGGUCGAUCCGGCUCCGUUGGGAGCAGCACUCUUAAUAGCUGCAGGUCAUAUUGCGUCAAUUCGCGCCAGACCCAUGACCAAGAAAGUAGCCAAGGGCAUCUAUGCAAUCCGUGGCCACGUUCUGCGCACUAUCAACAAGACGAUGCAGAACCACGAGCGUGCUGUGUCCGAUCUCAUAUUAGUCGCUAUCCUCAUUCUUGCUGGCCACCAGGCGCUACAAGCUUCUAUCGAGAGCUAUCACGGCCACAUGCGAGGUUUGGUACAAAUGAUUAAUAUCCGCGGAGGACUUGCGAAGCUCAACGAAACGUCGCCGUAUCUCAGAGAGCUCAUCAUGUGGCAUGAUGUCAAUGUCUCGACUAUUGUCGGCUGCUUGCCGUACCGCCGGCUUAUGAUAGACAGGGCGAACGAUCAAGUUGUGGAGGCCAAUUCUCGGAUGUGGUUGCUGAAGGAUGUCUAA